AUGUCGUCCUCCGAGCAGACCUUCAUUGCCAUCAAGCCCGACGGCGUCCAGCGUGGACUCAUUGGCCCCAUCGUCUCUCGCUUCGAGAACCGUGGCUUCAAGCUUGUUGCCAUCAAGCUUGUCUCUCCCUCCAAGGAGCACCUCGAGAAGCACUACGCCGACCUCGCUGGCAAGCCCUUCUUCGCUGGCCUGAUUGAGUACAUGCUCUCCGGCCCCAUCUGCGCCAUGAUCUGGGAAGGCCGUGACGCCGUCAAGACUGGUCGCACCAUCCUUGGUGCCACCAACCCCCUGGCCUCUGCCCCCGGCACCAUCCGUGGUGAUUUCGCCAUUGACGUCGGCCGCAACGUCUGCCACGGCUCCGACUCGGUCGAGAACGCCAAGAAGGAGAUUGCCCUCUGGUUCCAGGACUCUGAGAUCGUCAGCUACAAGGGCUCUCAGUUCGACUGGAUCUACGAGAAGGCCUAA